CUACUGCAACUUAUAAAAUUGUUCUCUAAUCGUCACGAUAACGACAACUCCUGCCUUGAUCGUUUGCUUUGCUUCUCAUCAUGAGUAACAUCACCUCCUGCCCUGAACCUCAGACCCUUGUUUCUUCCGUUUUAACGCCCAUUCUCAUUGUGGAGCUCAUCUUUGGUUUGCCUGGAAAUGUCUUUGCUCUGUGGAUUUUGUUCUUCAGGUCUCCAUGGAAAGCCUGCAAUGUGUAUCUCUUCUGCAUGGUGAUAUCUGACCUCCUACUCUUCACUGGACUGCCUUUCCGCAUAGAUUAUCUCUUUCGUGGUGAAGACUGGAUAUUUGGCGAAUCCUUUUGCCGUCUCAUUUUAUACAUCAUAUCAGUAAACCACUCAGCAAGCAUGGCUUUCAUGUCAAUUUUGGCCGUGGACCGAUUCCUCAAGAUUCUCCACCCACACCAUCGCCUUUGUCGAAUGAGUGCGAGACAAGCAAUAAUGUUGGUUAGCAUGGUUUGGACGAGUGUUCUACUUUUUCGUCUCCCACCCGCCCUGAACCUGGUUCUCACACCACAGAAAAACUCAUCAAAGCUCAUAUGCCAUAGUUUUUUCUCAUGGACAUGGCCAUCAGUUCAAAUGAAGAUAUAUGACUCAGUACAGCUGGUAGAGGUCCUGCUAGCAUUUGCACUGGUGCUCUUCUGUUUUGUGAGGGUUUUCUCUCACGUCCACAGUCGCCAGGUGGCUCACCGCAGGCUGACGCGAGCAGUGAGAUUGCUUCUGUUUCUUGUGAUCAUGUUUGUUCUGUGUUUCCUGCCUAGAGUCACUUUUGGCAUCUUCCUUCAAGUGUUUUCCUGUUCAGAAUUACUCAUGGUGUGUUUUCAUGCCUCUUUAGCUUUAACCUACAUGAACAGUGCACUGGAUCCAGUGAUCUACUGCCACAUUAACGCUUGGUACCGUGACACCCUGAAGGGCACAUCCAACUCACUGGGGCUAACAAAGUUCAUGAUGAGUUCGAAAACGAACAAAAAACGUUGAUCUACCUGGUUAACUGCUUUUUCAUGCAAGCAAUGUGUUGUGUCUUAAAGGUAUAGUUCAUGUAAUAAUUAAAAUUAAUUCAUUUACUCCUAUACUUCCAAACUUAUAUGAC